UGAGGUAUUUGUAGGGGUAAGCAAUAGAAAGGGAGAGCAAACGUUGAACUACUAGGUACAUGUAUGUAGUUGUCAGGCACGACCCUAUAAAGGCUCCACCCAGCACAUACCUUACUUAACGCACGAGUUGUACAUAUAAAUAUAAACUCAACACUAGACGAGAGCCUUCACUCGCAAAAGAUAUCCACUAAAUCUUGUUGUCGCGAGAUAAAUCAGUCUAUCACAGCCAUGCAGCUCUCAACUAUCGUGAACCUUGCUGCGGCUGCUGCCUGUGUUUCUGCAUUCCCCCAUGUACCAUUAGCCAAGAGGGAAAUCGGAGGUAUCCUGAUCUGCAAUGGCGCCAACGCUACAGGCGCGUGCCAUUAUGAGGUCUAUUCCCUCGAAGUCUGCCACAACAUGCCCGAUGGUUUCUCUGGGAACACCAAGACCUUUGCCCCCGACGGUGAUAACUUUUACUGCUGGCCUAGAGUAGGCCAAUGCGAAGAGAUCUGCACCUCACCCACAGGAUGUACAUUCGGUGCUGUCGAUUUCAACACUCCUGUAAAAUGGGACCUAUCGACGAUACAGUGGGACCAUCUCCUGGAGUCUUUCAGCUGCGUGUUGAACCAGACGUCGUCGACGACAUAAAAAAAACCUAUACGUUCCAACGUUACUAAUAAUAGCAUUAUAAUACCACAUGGCAACAUUGAAACGAGCGAUACCUAGUACGAUACAUACAGUACUUUAUUCCAUAUUUAUUAAUUAUCUUUAUCGUAAUGUUAUAAUGUUAUCAACGACGGAGUCCAGUCGGAAUUCGGGAUCUUAGACGCUAUGAAAGUCACCAAUGACGUCGGUCUAGACACAUGAAAUGUGGGGUUGAUAGAUACACAAGAGUUGGCUAAGAGCCUAAGAGAAGUUGCUUUUCCAAUUUGACAGC